UGUAUGAAGGGGUCAACUCCCUUCUUUUACAAAUUAGAUUUCCAGCCAUUCAGGGUUUAUCAAUCUCUGUGGCUACUGCAAUUAAUAAAGGGAAAAGUAUCUUGGGGAUCUUGUGAUUGUGGGCACAACUUCUAAAAGAGAAAGCUCUGCUUACUGCAUUCCUAGGCCAGCUCACUUUCCGAUGUUGUAUUCCCAGUGAAAUGAACUUUCUCCUAGAAGAGUCUUGAAGGACAGCUAGGGAUUAGGAAUAUGUAUAGUUUAACAAUCCAAACGAGACUAAGAGGCUGAGCCCUGCCUAGAGCUCUUUCCCCAGGUUUCCUCAUAUUGCCAGUUGGCCAGGAGUAAGGAAGGUGGAUAUGACCAAGAUCCCUCUUUCCACGAGGGGAGGGAAGGAGAUGGGGAAACCCCCAUCUAGAAAUUUCACUUCCUCUUUAGGCUUGGAUACUCACGACGCAAUACCAGGUCUCACUCGCAUUGGUUAUUACAGGAGUCAACCAGCGUUUCAGCGGUUCCAGUUCCCAUGCACUUGUCAGGACUUUCCCCAGUCUUGAAGAUGGGGGUGAUGGCGCCACGGACACUCCUUCCCCUGCUGCUCUUGGGAACCCUAGGUGUGACCGAGACCUGGGCUGGCUCACGCUCCCACUCCCUGCGGUAUUUCGACACGCUGGUGUCCCGGCCCGGCCGCGGGGAGCCGCACUUCACCCUCGUCGGCUACGUGGACGACACGCCGUUCGUGCGCUUCGACAGCGACGCCGCGAGUCCGACGAUGGAGCCGCGGGCGCCGUGGAUGCACCUGGAGCCGCGCGAGUACCGGGAGCAGCAGACGCGGAACGUCCGGAGGCACGCGCAGACCUUCCGGAUUCAGCUGCGGACCCUGCUGGGCUACUACAACCAGAGCCGGGACCGUGAGUGAGCCAGGGCCCGGGUGGGCGGCCACCUCCCCACGCCCAGCCCCAGUCCGGGCUCCACCGCUGGGCCGGGGGCUUUGGAUGC